AUGGGGGGUGCGGGGACAGAGGGGAGGGGACGGCACGAGGGCACGUCUGCUCUCAGCGAUAACACACCCGCCUCUGGCAACGACCCAAGGGUGACCCAUGCCUACCUGGCAGGCCUGCUGCCACAGCCAGAAGGGCACGGAGACCCUGCCGGGAAGCUGGGGUCCAGAGGGCACCUCCACUUAGCGCACGCAGUGUCCACGGCCGCUCUGAUCGUGCAGCUGCCUGGCAGGAAGCUGAAGCAGCUGCAGCUCCGGCUGGGUGGCUGGACUUCUGGGUCUCUGGGGUCCCGCCUGCACAAGGGGGCAAGGACGCCGGCCCCACAGGGAUGCCGGGCCCGGGCCCGGGGCGGGCGAAGGCGGGGGGCGUGUGAAUGGAAAGCCAGCCUCGAACCUUGUUUCCACCACCCUCCAGAGCCUGCAGAGCUGCUGGGAGCUCUAGCCCUGGUGUGUGGGAUGCUCAUUACACGGGGGGAGACGGCACAGCAGACAGAAGCGCAGACCUUAAACCAACACGCUUAUCCUGCGGGCAGGAGUGCAGCUGCCUGCCCCUCUCGUGGAUUCCCGGGAGGGUCAGAGGUCAUGGACAUGGAAGCACUUCCCAACGGCAGGUCCAGGCUAGGCCAGGGACCACGGAAGCCCCUUCCAGCUAGCAGGGAGCCAGCAAAUGAAGCCAGAUGCUCCUGCUUUCCUGGGACUUUCUCAUUCUUCAUUAAAAAGAGAGACCGGUAACUUCUGGAGAGGUAUUAGAGUCAUAUUAAUACCGAACUGAGACUUUCUCUUACAUAUAAUUGGAAAUUUUGAAAAAGAUUCUGCAGCGCCCAGUUAAAUUUGGCUGAAAGAACACACACCAUUUUUCUCUGCCCUUUAACAAGAACAGAACUCGAGCAGAGGCAGAGACGGCACACGCCCACCAGGAGCAGUGGGGGUCAG